AUGGAACGGCUUAACUCACUUGCCGACGAGUUCAGAUCCUCACUCAAGGAACAUCAUGAAGAACAAUUCGAAAACACCACAAAGCAGGACAUGCGAAGAGAAAUCCACGACGUUCAAGCCCUACGAGAUGCGACAAAUAACAUGAUCAACAUGAAUCGAUUGCGAAUGUUCCUCAACGGGAUGGAAGAAUUCGAACAAGUCCUAUUAUUUCUGGAAUUUCCAGGCGCCGGGAGCGUCAUGUCAAACAUAUGGGGUGCAGUCAAGUUCUUGCUCAAGACGACGAACAUUGCAGACAGGGCAUUUGAUGGAGUGCUCGAGGUAUACGGGCUUCUGGGAGCCCAAUUGAUGCCUUUAACACGUCACAGAGAGUUCUUUAGAAGAUACCCAGGUUACAUCGAAUGCUUGGUGAAUAUUUAUAAUGAUAUUCAAAGCUUCCAUUCCCUAGCUUACAAGCUAUUCUCCCUCACCGCGAAGUUAUGGCAACGCCUCCAGAAGCCCAUCUGGGAUAACUCAUCACGAGUUUUCAAGAGAAUCUCCGAGUCACUCAACAAAACUGCCAAAAUCAUCAAGUCACAAAGCGAUCGUGCACAGAAUAUGCAUGCAGAUUAUGCCGAGAUUUGUUCUGCAUUGGAACAAUAUUCCUAUUCCUGGAAACAAGACUGGAGGACCUUCGAAGCCGAAGAAAGUAAGCAAAAACACGAGCAGAGACACGAGGUCAUUACAUGGAUCUCGGCAUCGGGGAAGAUGCCAAGGCUACAACAAACGUUUAGAGAAAUGGUAAUCUGUCCCAAGAGUGGGCGUUGGAUGUUUCGAAAGUAUAGCGCUGUGUCGGAUUGGAUGGGAGAAGAUGACCCUUCAGAUUCGGCACUCUGGUUGCAUGAGAAAGUUGGAUACGGGAAAUCGGUCUUGGCAUCGCUUGUGGUACAGGAACUACAAGACCCGGAAACACACUUUUUAAUUCCACAUGGCAGUAAAACCUGCUAUUUUUAUUGCCAAGAAGACGACAACGAACACAGGACGUAUCUCGACAUCCUCAAAGGCAUACUCUUACAGAUGGUCGAGGCAGAUGACUACGUCCUCCCACUCUGCAAUCAGGAGAAAAAUACCAGUGGAGGAGCAAAUCUUCUUGACCCAGAGGUUGCCAAAAAGCUCAUCAAGACAUUCAUUGAGUACAGUCCGAGACAGUAUAUCAUUAUCGACGGACUAGAUGAGUGCGACGGCGCUGAGAUCCAUCAAACAGCCCGGUUCUUCAAGGACCUCGUUUCUGUUUACAACACUCAAGUGCGGCUAGGCCAUUUGCGGGUCAUGUUCAUCGGAAGGGAGACGUCAGAUACGAGGAAGUUUAUAUCCGGGGAUGAUUGUCUUGAUGUCCCACUAAAGCCGGAAGACAACCAUGACGAUAUCAGAGCUUUCGUCCAGAAAAGGAUACCCGAGUUUUCCAAUUCCGAGUAUAGUCAGGGAUUCAGCUUGUCUGAAGCUGACAAGGAUGACCUCGAGAGGAUUGUUUGCUCUCAAAGUCAAGACUCAUUCCUAUACGCCCACCUCGCCAUUGAGUUUCUCCUGCAACAAGACACCAAGGGAGACUUGUUAACCCUACUGAGACAAGGAAUCCUUCCCACCGAACUCGGUGCUAUGUAUGAGAAGUUGCUUGAAGCUGUCAAGACAAGACUAUUGUCCAGACAUGGGGGAGAGUCACAAUGGCAGAGAUCAAAGUCCAUGUUUGGAUGGCUCGUCUGUGCGAAGAGACCGCUUAGAUGGCACGAAAUGCAAGCCAUCUUGUCUUUUGAUGAACGAGAGCUCAAGAUCGAUUUCGAGAACAAGAUGAUGAGACAAGAUGUUGAAAAAUAUCUUGGAUCAAUAAUUCAUGUACUGGACGGCGAUAACAUCCGUCUCAUUCAUUCAAGUGCAAGACACCAUAUCAUUCAGAAUAAGUACAUUCAAGAGAAAUUAGUUCAAUGCCAGCUUGCGACUACUUGUUUGAGAUAUCUCACACUAUCUUGUUUCGGAAACACCUAUAUGUCAUCGGAACGUAGUGAGCAUGCCAAAGGCGGCUGGUUCGCCUUUCAGGAUUACGCUUGUUCUCAAUGGCUGUACCAUAUCGACACAGUCAUCAAAGAUUGCAGUGACCUCUUCCAACGUCCCUGUCAGGUCACAACAGACUUUGUCUUGUCUUUACAACAAUUCGUCAACGCCCAUCGAUCAGAGCUCACCACAUCCGAGCAUAUUGACUUGGAACAAGACGUUAUUUCCAAGUUCCAGAACUUCCACUUUUACGGAGACCUCCGACUGCUUUGGAACCACAUUUACACCCAUCAACGCGGCGACUACGCAACAAGGAACACGAUUGGUAUCGCUCGGAUUGAAACUGGUCUCAAGGAUAACAGAACUGAACUGGAGCGAUUCUUGCCUGAUCAGCGAGUGGGCGAUGAAGAUACCGUGAAGCAAUACUAUGGCGCCAACCUUUUCAAAUGUCGCCGGACACUAUGUCGUUUCUUCUACAUCGGCUACGACAAGAAAACUACAUUCUCAAUUUCAUCUCAAUUUCCUACUUACAAUGGGUUACUUAUACUUUGGUUCCAACUCGAUACUCUGGUGCUUUGCCUCAGCCCAAAUUGCAUCAUCCGCGAACACAGCAAGUCCAACUCGUCGAUAUACUCCGCUCCUUACUGCUAUCACGAUCAACGCUAUCGCAUUCUCGAAACCAUCGGAUUCUUUCGCUUUACCCAGCAGAAGAUAAUGGCAUCUUUUGCCUUUAUUCUCCACUUUCUGCGCUGUCUCGUCGAGGUCAAAAUACUCAUCGAUUUCCUCCCGUGUAUCCUCAUCAAUGUGGUCUUCCGACGCGAUACGACAAGACAUCGUGACUUUUGCGGCCGUCACAAUUUUCAUAUUGGCAUCUUCCUUCUCUAUCGGUUCUUCGAAGUGAAUCCUGCCGUUGACUGA